UGUUCACGGGAAAGCGGAAUUGGCGCUACACCCGUCGGUGUGUCAGACGCGGAUCCUCCAGAAGUUUUGCGCCUGACCCCGAUCCUCUCGCCCGGAGUAUCAAAUCUGCGCCAAAACCCCCAUCAGCUUACGGUUCUUCUGGGUUAUGGAACUGGAUAAAAUGGACGAAAACGACUGGAAAUAUCACGGGGAGGGCAACAAGAGCCUGGUCGUGUCUCAUUUGCAGCACUGUAAAGUUCUUCGUCUGCUGAAGUUUCCCUCCGAAGACUCUGCACAUACACGACAGACCGCAGAACAAGCUUUUCGACACAUCCCCAACAUCGUGGAUUAUAGUAAAUAUGUCAUGAAGCCUUUACUGGGGGAGAAAUACGUUCACAGUGGAGAGGUUGUUAAACUACCACUGGACUUUGUGAGACAGCUGUCGCUAAAGGUCCAACAAGAACGACCUGAACUGCGCUGUGAUAAGGUCAUGGACACAUUCAGCGGGUGUGGUUUAUGCCUUCCCAACCUGACCCAACUUCCCCUCCACCACCUCAGAGACCACAGUCCUCCAAUCUGCGUUGAGAUUAAGCCAAAAUGUGGAUUUCUACCCUUUUCAAGGCACAUAACCAAGGAAUGCAAGUGCAAAGUUUGCAGAUUCUGCAUGCAUCAGCAUUACAAGUUAGCCAAUGGGAAGUGGAAGCGAUUGAGCAGAUAUUGCCCUCUGGAUCUCUUCUCAGGGAGCAAACAGCGAAUGUAUGUUGCAUUGAAGAAUCUGUUAGAGGAACCACAAAACAACUUGAAAAUCUUUAAGGGCGGAGAGUUGAUAUUUAGCUGUAAGGACGAUGCCAAGCAGCAACCCGAAUUGAACGAUCUAAUUCAGCACCUUCGGCCUUAUUUCCCUCAUAGUAACAGCCUCUAUAAUGGCCACCAGCCUGGCAAAGCUGUCCUGAACGAGUUCAUUCAGGUGAUCUGCUCCGCUCUGCUCAGCGGCGGGGACUCGAAUCGCUCGGGAGAGCCCAGGAAGGUGCACCUGUCUGAGAGCAGGCCGCACUGUGAAGCCAGUCCCUUCCCAAGAGACCUGCUCCGCAACGGUAACCAUGGCCUCCCUAAAGACAGUGUCCUCGCAAAAAUCCUCCAAGUCCAGAUGCUGGAUAACCUGGAUAUUGAAGGAAUCUACCCUCUGUACAAACGCGUGGAGCAGUAUCUAGAAGAGUUCCCGAGAGAAAGAAACCGACUGCAGAUAGAUGGGCCUUAUAAUGAGACUUUCAUGGACACGGUGAAAAACUGUCCUUCAGAAGAUGAUGGCUCUGUAGAAUAUGCUGUUGGGAAGGUUCAUCAGUAUAGAGUCGCAAUGACUGCCAAAGACUGCUCAGUCAUGAUCACGUUUGCACCUUGUGAGGAAGAUGAGGAACACCAGUUGAAUUUGGAGAAGCCUCGUUUCACAUAUUCAGUCUCCAUCCUGGAUCUGGACCCCAAACCGUAUGAAGGCAUCCCUCACCAGAACAAGUUGGACACAAAAAUCGUCAACUACUACCUGCGGAGCACGCAAGCUCCGCCCCCCUCCAGCCUAUAUAAGGAAAGGCAGGAAUGCACGCUGCUCUUCCAUGCUGUAUGAGACACCUCUACAAGUGCUGCUUGGGAAAUGCCUAGAAGUGAAGCUGAAAUAGUGAUAUAAUUUUGUUCUUUCUGUUUGCUAGUCUGUCUAGUUGUUUGCCCUCCUGUGAACUUGGCGUUCGCAGUUGUUGCCAGAGCGACCUGAUGUUUUUCUUUUUGAGGGUGAUGUUCUCAUUGGGGCUGGUCUCCUAAAGCACAGAAUACCUGAACGAGUCAGUCAUUGGCUGUAAAAAGGGAGGACAUGGAGGGUGUGUGUGUGUGUGUGUGUGUGUGUGUGUGUGUGUGUGUGUGUGUGUUUUUGUGCAGUGCUGUUGGGUGUUUCUCGCACGCAGCGGCGCUACUGUGUUUUCCAAGUGCCAAAAGUGGCUUACAGCGAUUUUCCCUAAUGAACGUUUUACCGUGCAUCAGCUUGGCCGUGUCUGCAGUCGCUGUACAGGCAGUUUGGAAUUCAAAAACAGACAAGUACUUGAGUUUUUAGCGCGGCUUCAUCCCUAGAGCUCCUCAAACCUCUGACCCUCGGCGAGCUACAGUAGUGGGAGUUAUACUGACAAGCACAGACCUGUUGCAUGCUAGCGAAUGAGGUCGCGAUAACACCGUCACUACCCGUAAGAUAGAUUUGAUAAAUUAGAAGAUAAGCCUAAUGAUAUUACUCGCUAUUGAAAUUGUAUUUUUGUAACGUACGCUCGGCUGGCAUAACCGCUGUACAAAGAAAUCGAAGUGUCUUAUUAAAGAGUAGUUCACAAUAAAAAAUAAAAA